AUGAUGGAAACAGAGUCAACGUUGAUGAGGGCUGCUGCUGUCGCCUGUCGUCGUGCACUCGUGCCCCUGGGUGGAUGCGUGGAGGUUGACUUUGAUGAACGGAGGAGGAGGGAUCGGAAGACGGCGGUCGUGGACGGUGCAGCCGUGCAGCAGUCACUCAGGCGCAGGGGAUGCAAUCGAUUAGAUAGAGAUCGUUCGUCGUAG